CGACAGCUGUCGGGAAGCGUUCCACCCCCGCCCUUCGCUUCCCGCCGCAGAGGCCAGCAAAACGAUGAGCGAGCAGCUCGCCAACGAGCGCUCCCUGUACGUCGGGAACGCCGUUAGCUCUGUCAUCUAUGGCAUGAAUGUAAUGUUGUAUCUUCAGACUUACCAUCGUCUGAGCGUCCGUACUCGCAAGACACACCCCAAGACUUUCUAUCAUAUUUAUGGAGCGCUUCUGCUGCUCUUCCUGACACUCGUUGUGGCCACCGACCAACUUGCCGGUCAACUCGCUUGGAUUGAAAACCGAGAUUAUCCUGGAGGAGUGCAAGGUUACCUCAAGGCACACGCGACUGCCUGGUACAACACGCUGGGAACUGUCGCUGUUAUCUCGUUGGAUGCUAUGAGCAACGCCCUUAUGCUUUACAGGUGCUAUUUGAUAUGGAACGAUAGUAUAUCCGCAGUGUUAGCGCUGCUCGUUCUGUACUUCGCAGCCGUAGCCAUGUCUAUCAUGAUGAUGCUCGAAGGCGCACUGCCGGGAAGCAACAUUUUCAAAGGCCUGGCGGUUCAAUACGGAAUCAUAUGGAUCGCAUUGACAGUCGUAUUCAACAUCUUCAUCACCGUGAUGAUUUCCUUCCGUCUCAUACGCGUCUACCGACGGCUCAAGCAUGUGCUGCCGACGGAGACAUUGAAGCCGUACACGAGCACGGUCGCAAUCAUCGUAGAGUCAUUUUUGCCCUUCACGAUUGUGAACAUUGCCUACAUGGUCACGUUGAUCAAGUCGAGCCCCGCAGAGGUUGCUAUCGCAGCGGUAUGGCCUAAUUUCUGCGUAUUGGCGCCUCAGCUCAUCAUCUUCAGGGUGGCAUCAGGCGUAGCAUGGUCCAAGGAUACCACUCAUGUCACGUUUACGACCGUUUCCCCAGAACUCAGCGAUCAGAGUUCCAUUGAUUACCGGGUCUCUGUUGAGAUUACUUAGCGAUUUAAAUUACAUCCAAGUGGCUUGUCCUCUGUACGAUACCAUCCUUCGAGUGUUGUUUUGUAUUCAGCAUGUAUUACACCGUCAUUCCUUGUAACAAGUUUAACUCAACUGCAAAAAGCGACUGAAUAUUAAUUUUGAAGAGUUUUGAAGUCUUUCGAGGGCAGCUCCACCGCUUCAGAAGAAGGCAUCUAGUCAUCGUGGAUAUCUUACGAAUUCGGCGCUGGGAGCAGGAAAGGACAUCUUGCAGAAGCACGGCGAGUGACUUCGACCUCUUGCCGUACAAACCAAGAGUAACAGACCGUCUCCUACCCAUGACGAAUAUCGCCCUGACAGGGAACUCGCCCGACAAGUGACGAUGGCUAACCGAGAUGCCUGCCAGCUGAUACUAAUCAAAGAAAACAAGUCAAAAUCGAGAUAGCUCACCUUCCUCAACGUCGUAUCUGGGUCUCACCGCACGUAGGGCGCAGCGGAUCCUCCACAAAGCUACGAGUCCCUGGGUAGCUUCAUCGCCUCCUCGGCCACCUUCUUACGACCGCCCGUGAGCAGCGUGACAUAGUCUGCCCCGCUCAAGAUGUGCCCCUCCGGCUUGCCCUGGCCAACUUUGGGUUUAGCGCGUUCCUUCAGGCUCGCGCGCUUCUUGGCUGCUUGCGAUGCGGCGGUGGCAUCAGCAGCAGGGGUGGACACUUUCUUGUGCUCUGAUGUAUAGGCGGCGUGCUUGCUCGAUGGAGCAGAGGCAGACUCUGCGGAAGGCUUUUUGACGCGUUUAUGGAGUUUCGCGCUACGACCCAUACGUAUGUUUGAUACCGGUUAUCGCGAAUCGAAAGACAGGAGCAGCGAGAACCUUGGC